AUGUCCGGAGAAAAACGGCCGGCCCAAGCGGCCUUUGGUUCGUCCAGUCAAUUGGUUGUGAAACGAAAGAAGUCCGAUGCUGGACUCAAUGAUAGCGCAGCGGUUGCCAAGAGCUCAUCGCAGGAUGGAACUAUUGUACAAGCAGUUCCCCGCACAAGUGGCCUUGAGGCGCCGAUUAUGGAGCUUACAGGCCAUUCUGGCGAAAUUUUCACCGUCCGAUUCGACCCAACGGCGCAGCACAUUGCAUCAGGAUCAAUGGAUCGAUCUAUAUUACUUUGGAACACUUAUGGACAAUGCGAGAACUACGGUAUCCUAUCUGGUCAUAAAGGUGCAGUACUUGACCUACAAUGGUCCCGAGACUCCAAAAUCAUGUUUUCCGCAUCCGCCGAUAUGACGCUAGCAAGCUGGGAUAUCGAAUCUGGUCAGCGAAUUCGUCGCUACAUUGGUCACGAAGAAGUCAUAAAUUGCCUUAAAAUCAGCAAAAGAGGCCAAGAGAUGCUGGUAAGCGCUAGCGACGAUGGUACAAUAGGAAUCUGGGACCCUCGGCAGAAAGAGGCCAUUGAAUAUUUGGAAACGGAGCUACCUAUUACGGCGGUUGCGCAGUCUGAAGCCGGAAAUGAGAUAUUUAGUGGAGGUAUCGACAACACGAUCCACGUAUGGGACAUUCGAAAGAAGGCUAUAGUAUACUCUAUGGCCGGACAUACGGAUAGUAUCACCUCUCUUGAGAUUUCACCAGAUUCACAGACUCUGUUGUCCAACUCUUUUGAUUCGACGGUACGAACUUGGGAUAUUCGACCUUUCGCGCCGGCGGCUCGACACAUUAGGACCUAUGAUGGUGCGCCUGUUGGUUUGGAAAAGAACCUCAUCCGGGCUAGCUGGAAUCCAGCUGGUGAUAAGAUUGCAGCAGGAAGCGGCGAUAGGAGUGUUGUGGUAUGGGACUUUAAGACCGGAAAGCUCCUGUACAAGCUCCCUGGCCACAAGGGUACUGUAAAUGAUGUGCGAUUCACACCGAAUAACGAGCCUAUCAUUGUUACCGGAUCAUCUGACCGAACAUUGAUGUUGGGUGAAUUGGGCAAAUGA